AUGGAUUUUUUUACGGCCCUUUUGACUUUAGGCAAUUCGGAUUCGGUAGCCGGGGAAUAUGCUUGUGCCUUCAAGCAAGCCGUGACUUCGGACCCGGAGAAUUGGAUUGUAAAGGUGUCACAUAAAUUUGUGGGCCAGUGCUUCCGCAUUCUUGGCCUAAAUUUCAAUGUGAGCGUAGAGGCCUUUGGCAGGACUCAGGAUCUUCCAUACCGCAAUGAUAACGCCAACUAUAUCUAUGAUCCAUUUCCAUCUUUAAUGAAAGAAGUUGACUUGUUUUUUGAACGGCUGCCCAGGAUAUUGGCCGAAUUCGGGGAUGAAGUGGCUAAGGAAGGAUAUGGGACAACGUUUCAGCCAUUGCCAUGUUAUCUCAGUCUGAUCAUAAAGUGGAUCAUGGUGGUCAAGGCCGUGCUAGACGCAAUGGAACAGUUGGGCUGCGGUUCUUCUCCGGAUCGGUUCUUCUACGAACCGCUGUCCAGAAUGUGCUUUAGCAUCCUUGGUGGACUGGCCAAAUUAUUGCCAAAAUAUGGCGAAAACGUUCCGUCACUUAAGAAGGUUUGCUUAUCACUUUCCAUCAACGUUCGCUAUGCUAUAUUACACAAGGAUACCCGCCCAGAGGUGGUUCCACCCAUGCUGAAUAUGUUCAAGGAGAACUACACCCUUUUUUUUGGCCCCGAAAAAUGCGCUUCGGACUUUGUUUACGGUAUCCUUAUCCUUGUGGAGACCAAUGAUGGAAGCUAUAUUCAGGCAUACGAAUUUUUGGAGGCCAUGAUUAACAUGUUUGCCAAGAUUAAAGAUCAAAGUCAAAACUUAUAUCUACGGCCAUUGACCGACGAGUUGAUCUCUGGAAAAUAUCUAGUGCUAUUUAAAAAAUUAACGUCGAGCAAUUCCAGACCUUUGCUUUUGUCCGCCCUAAAAUAUUUGAUGACCCUUCAAAGACAUAUUGUAAGCACAGAAUGCUUUACCAUUCGUUUCCAUCAGGCCCUGUUGCAGGUCGUCCUUCGAAUGCAGAAUUCUUUUCCGUCAGUGGCUUCUCUGGCAGCCGAGGUUUAUAUCACGAUGUCCCAGCGCAAGCACCAAGAUCGGGAUAUAGCACAGCAAAUUCUGGAGACCUAUAUAAAGAUUAACAAUAAUCCACGAAAAAAUGUUACCUAUGCGCAGUUCCGAAAUGAACUCAGGCGCUAUCUGAAGACCCUUAUCCGACAUUUUCCCGCAUUGCAAGAAUUCGAGUUCUACGCUAGUCUUCUCACUGCUAAAAAUGAGAGCUUAGAAUUGAGCGUUAUUGCCGCCCAAUCUGCGAGCAUUGUCUUUGAAUUGCAUAUGGAAGGGUACAACUUGUGGCCAGAAGCAUGUGAGCAAGUCAACAAAUUCCUGCGCUGCUGGCCACUUUUUCUCCAGUCCUCGAUAAGUCAAACUCGACCUGUACUCUACAGUAUUUAUGGUAUGAUCGAUUUUGCCUCUGUAGCGCAGAAUGAUGUCGAUCUGCUUUUGAGCUUGGAGACCUAUUGCCUAGAUCACUUUUUAAAUGACGACACUCUCAGCGAGGCUGAGCUCUAUGGACUUUACAACGAUAUAUCGCGUUCUGUGGAUGAAACGGGCAAUAUUCAAAUACACACAACAGCAGCGAGAGCUUUACUUGAUCAACAAUCUGAAUUGAAGGACCAGUUAGAUAAAUCCAACUCUAGUGGGCCGGAAAAGAAGGAGCUAUUGGACGCGUAUGCCAAAAGUAUUCCCCGCCUUCAUGCGCUUUUGAUGACCAAUAAGCUUCACAGUCGCUAUGUAGUGGACAUUUACGAGACACUAGUUAAAUAUGUGCUGGAAAUGCCCACUCAAAAUGACAGCAUAACGCUCUAUGGCUCUGAAAGCUUGGCUGCUACUUUAAUCCUUUUAUACGAAAAUCUAAAGGACUCGGAAGACAAGAUGGGCGUCAAGAUAUCCGUUCUAAUUCACCAGUUGCAAGAUUUUUGCGUUUCUCAGUUUUCUAACGUCAAUCUUGACUUGAAACGAGCCAAGUUCUUUUUCUGUUCUAUUCUCAUAUUGUAUAUCAGCCCUUUGCCAUUUUUGGAACUUGAUAGCUCUACUUAUGACAAGCUUUUGGACCAAUUAACCUCUCCACUACCAUUGCAACCUAAAAACGAUCUGCUUGCGAAUAGUUAUUUGCCAGAGAUGCAUGUCAUCUUUCGGCAACUCAUUCGGACAAAACAUAUUGAAUUGCCUAAUAAUCGUAUAUGGAAGGUGUUAAUACAAUACAAAAUGUCGGCAAAUAAGUUAAAGUACCUUGACCCCGAAAUUGAGGAGCUUAUCGCUGACCUCUUGAAGUGCCGAGUCGAAAGUUACGUGCAAUGCUUGCCAAUCAUUGAGUUGAACAUUUGCAAAGAUCACAAGGUCAAGAAGCGAGCCUUAGCUGCUUUAAAAGCCCACCUGGCGCUCAUCGAUAAAUACGCAUCCACUUUGGACUCCUGGCUGCUGCGGUUUAUAAUUCUUCAAAAUUCGCUUGAUGUCUUGAACAAAACCAUGCGUAUUGGGCGACUCGAAGCGACCAGUUCACGUAAACGAAAUCGGCUUCUUCCGCUGCAGCAUUUCCUGGGUUUGGUGUCGAAUUUGCGACUUCAGGAAAAGCACUUCCUUAGCAUCGCCAAAAUGUUGCACACCAUAAAAGAGGAGGCGAUUGGACCUCAAGAAAGUUCGGAAUUCGAAAACUUUACUACAAAGAUCAGUGUAUUUAAAUAUCAGGCCGAAGAUGAACAGCUGGAGGCAACAAAUAACGAGAAUUUUGAGGGUGAACUUAUUGAAUUGCCUCCUGGGCCACUCAAUUUUUGGCAAUACAAUACUCUUCAUGAUAAUAAGGACUCGUCUACAUAACUCGUCAAUGAUAACCCUUCAAUUACUGGAGAACUUUCGCACUUUUAUGAAUUCCACUCAUUAGUUAUUGGACACAAUAUGAAUGAUGACAAAACACGUUUUUAAUUAUCCCCAGAAAUAUAUGCGAAGUUGUGUAAUAAUUAUAAUAAACAUAGAAUAAGCAUAUAUGUAUAAAAUUAUUGCUUAAUAAAGAAAAAAACAAAAGAAAAUAUUGAAUUUGCGAUCAAACCUGUAUUUCAUAAAACCAUAUUACGGUAAGCAGC